UUAUGAUCGUUAUUUUGAGAAAUGUAAGAAGAUGCACUAUAUUGUUAUAUAGAGUGCUUCUUAAGUACUGUCCAAUAUUUUAGGAUAUCAUACGUUCAUAUAAACUUUUCUUUUCAUAAAAUGACAUCAAGAAUCAAUUCCUAAAUCUAAAAUAUUGGAUACUUAAGAAACAUAUGUUAUAUAUAGCAUUCGAAGUCAAAUAUUGUAAACGUAAUUUCGGGAUAUGUAAAAAAUUUAUUUUAUAUAUCUUCUUCGAGUAGAUUACGAAUUCCAGAAAAUUAUAAAUUAAAAUCGGCAAUCGUUGGUAAAUGGGAGAAUUUGUAUCAGAUUCUCCUCGCCCUAACUAAACGUUACUAAACAUUCCCGAUACAUGCGGUGUCCUCGAUACUUCAAAAGGAUUCGUCAUUGUUCAACAAAAAAUACAGCAUCGAAUCCAUCAUGGAUGAAUCUCGUACGUGAACGGAUUCUCGAUCGAGCAACGACAUUUCCGUAAGAAUAUUUACGCGUAAUUGAAUCGUAACAAAGCGAUAAUAUGCGUCGAGCGAUAAGUGGCUCGAUCACUGAGUCAUCGUCAAAGGCAUGCAACGAUGAUCAAUGAUAGCGGCAUUGACAGCUGGAAGACGGGAUCCGAUUCUAAUGGAUUCACUCGAAGGAGGUUUGGUCUCGUCGAUCACCGUGCCGAUUCCGAUAAAGACGCGAUUCUGACGCGAGUGAAAAACUCGAGUUCCGGCCCCGAGAUUCGUUACAUCAACCCCGCCAUUUAUACGGAAUCCAUCGGCGAGCAGGACACAGGGCGUCGCAACGGAGACGUGAUCGACCCAAAUCGACGUUAUGAUUCCAAUAACGCUUCGGCGAUCGAUCUGUCUGUCGUCGCGAAGGAUACAACGAGCGCUAAUGACGCGAACGAGCACCCGGGACGAAGCACCUACAGAUGUUACUCGACAUCCCUUCCGGACGCUACAUUGCCCCUCGAAACGUCCACGGCUCGGUCCGCGAUCUCAUCCGAAAGCAUCGCACGAGUGGAACGACGAUGCAAGAUUGAUAGCGUUUCCGUCGAUCGAAAUGAGGCGAACGUUGAUCAGAACGAGGCGAUGAAACGGGACAGGUGCGUCCUGGACGGUCGGCAGGUCGUGCGAAUUUCCACGACGUCGUUCUCGACCGAAUCGAGCGGGUCGAACGGGUCUGACCUCAGCAGAAGGCUCGCCCAUUCGGAGUGGAUGCGGAAGAAGCACGAGGCCGCGCAGAAGGCGAGGGAGAAGGAGGAACACGCCGCGAAGAAGCGACAAGAGGAGGAGGAGAGGGCAGCGCGGGAGAAGGAGGAGAGAACGCGGCUAGAAAAGGAGAACUUUCUCAAGUGGGUCGAGAGGAAGAGGCAGCAGGAGCUUGACAGGAGAGCUAUCCUCGAGAACGAAUUGGAAUUGCAGAGGCGGCUGAAGGAGAUCGAGGACAAUCUCGCCGGCGCGAAAACCACGUAUCUCCGUCGGUGGUUUCACAAGAAGAAAGAGGAGCAGAAGGCGCGACGUAAGGAGCAGGAGACGAAGCAGAGGGAGAUGAACGAGGAGCGCGAGAGGAGACUAGAGCAGAGCACGAGAGCGUACGAGAAGUGGCGAGAGAAUUCUAAGAACAAACCCAAGCCCGCCACGCAAGGGUUGCUUCCUCAUCAGAAAGCGAAGCCAGCGUACGUAAAUCCAAUUCCUUGGCAGUCGAUCGUGGAGAUCGACCCCGAUGAAGCGCAGGAGGAGACGUUACACGAGAAAAAGGGGAAUAUAAAUCAAUUGAAGAUGAGCGGCAGAAAAACGAUCGCGGCCCAUCAAUAACUGCGAUCGAGAAAAUCCAAUCGGGACACCUGAAAUACGAUUUGAAUACAGGAGAAUUUGUAGUUUUAUUAGCGUAAAUAAAUUUAAAAAAUCUUUCACUAGAUUUUCUCGCCGUUGUCAAUUAAUCACAAGUCUCACUCGGGGCCUCAAUUGUGUCAAAAUACUUGAUUACAAAAAUACAAGGUAAGACAAAAUUAUGUCUUCCCGUAUUAUAUUCGCGAGAGAAAAUUUUGGAAUUAUACAUUUCUACUGGUACGGAUCCCACAAUUCCACUUUCUCCCCUAGCGAGUAUAAGGGUAUAUAAAGGGUGAUAAGAUAUCACAUCUCGAUUGAUAUAUGUCAAUUUGAUUGAAGUGAUUUUUAAUGAUAUAGGUUUGUUCACACGUUUAAUGACAACCUGUGCUACAUAAUACAAAGUAUUUGAUUAUAACAAGACAAAGCAGACCUCGUGACUUUGUAAUCGGUAUCUCUUUCUCUCUAUCUUUCUUUCUUUCUCUCUCUCUCUCUCUCUCUCUCUCUCUCAUUCACACACUCUCUCUUUCUCUCUCAAAUAAUUAUCAAACUAUUACACCUUCAGCUCCUCUAACGCGAGAAGAACACACCUAUUAUUUCGUA